AUGUCCUCCGUCGGGUUAGGCAAAGGCGUCGGAAUACCGGUCAAACUGAUGCACGAGAGCGAAGGACACGUGAUUACGGUACCAUCACUACACUCUUUUCUCUCUUUUUCUCUCUCGCUAACGAAAACGUUUCUUUCAUGCGCACAACAGGUUGAACUGAAAUCCGGAGAAUUGUACCGAGGAACUCUGGUGGAAGCAGAGGAUAACUGGAACUGUCAACUGACGAACGUGUCGCACACCGCGAGAGACGGGAAACACUCGUCGUUGGAGAACUGUUACUUGAGAGGAUCGAAAAUCCGGAUGGUUAUCGUGCCGGAUAUGUUGAAAAACGCGCCGAUGUUUAAGAAAAUCGAUCCGAGGACGAAAAGCGUGUUAGCGGGAGGCGGGAAGAAGUGA